AUGGAAGCGAUAGCUAGGAAGAUGGUGGAAGAGGUUGAAACAGAGAGCAGUGGUUCAUCGGAAGCUGAGACCGAGUCUCCGAGAUCCGUCGGACGUUGGGUUGUUCCUCCGAUCACGGCGAAUUCGACGAAGGAGAGAGUUCAUAACCAGGUUUUGAAGAUUAGAGAAGAAGAUCUAUGUGUUCUCGUCGAAGAUAAAGCAGCGAAUCCAGAGGAUCGACGAGAUCUUCUUCUUCCGCGUCUGUUCCUGAUCUCGAGGACGAAUCUGCCUUGUUCGCCUCUUAGUGGAAAAGUGAGAUCUGCUAACGCGGUUAAGUGA